AUGCUUGAAAAAUAUGGAUUAAAAUAUGAAGAUCCACAAAAUCAUUGUUUUCUUCAAAUUGUAAUUCCACCACGUGAUCAAAUGGAUAAUAAAACAAUUAAAGAAGUUAUUCUUCAUGAUAAAGAAUGUCCAUUAAGUUCAAUAAUGUUUAAAGUUGUUAAAAGUUCACCCGAAUAUAUUGAAAUUCGUAAACUUCUUCGUGCACAAGAAUCAGCAUUAGAUACAAUUCAAACACCACCAAUUCAAGAUCGAACUAUUAAUGAUCAUCUAUCGAUGUUUGUUGAAAUGGAACUGAUCUUCCAACACCUCAUGUAUUUAAAAUUCAUCCAAAUACAACAUACGUUGGUCGUGAUGCAAAAGCAGGAAUUGGCAAAUAAUAUUUUUUAUAUUGAUGGUGUUGGUAUUGAUCGUGAUCAUUGUACAAUUCAUAAUCAAAAUGGUAUUGUUACAGGAUGGGUGACCGCUGGCUGGUUUUGUCCUACAUUAACUCCUCGUGGUGAGAUAUGGUUAAAUGGAAAACUUGUUUCAACACCAUUUGUUCUUCAACAUGGUAUAUUAGUUUGUUUUCGACGAAAUUCAACAUUUCGUUAUUGUGAUCCACAAUUUGUUCACAAAACAAUAAUGAAAACAACAAAUUUAAUUCAAACAAAAACACAAUUAAAUGGAGAUAAAUCAUCAAUACAUAGUUCUUUAUCAAGUUUACCAAUGACUAAUAUUAAAAAAUCCAAUCAUGUUCAAUCGAAUACAUUACAAAUUCGACCACCAACAGAUUUACAACAAAAAAAUCCAAUCAAAUUGUCGAUCCUGGAACCAUGA